AUGUCAAUAACGGGUCCACCGGUUGAGAAUCUGGACAAGUCAAAGGGGUUAUGGAGAGCAGCCUAUGUUCUAAUAAAGAAGUUGGAUACUGUUUAUCAUGGUGGGAAGGCGAUUAAAACAGUCUUCAGUUAUGAGGCUUAUGGGCAUAGGUUGAGACUAAAGGAACUACUUCAGAAACUCAUGUUUAUGGAUUUAGGCACGAAUUUUCGAAGAACCGAGGAGCUUAUUUGGCGCAAAGCAUUUUACGAACCUUAUUUCCUGUAUAAAGUUUACAUUAAGAACAAUGAUCAACAAGACCGUAUCAAGUUGUUUGAGAAUAUGCUUGUCGUCCAUAUCCUCAGUGCUAUAGGAUACUAUCAGUCUCUCAUUUUAGCUUUCCAAUCAGAGUUAGGAGAUACACAAUCUAAUAACUUAUGUUCAUGGACCCCAAUAGCUUUGCAUAUCCCUCUUUACUGUGGAGUGUUCUUUGAGUUUGAGGAAAAGCAUAAUCCCUCUGUGGAGAAUAAGUCUGCAGUUAUCAAGUUGAUACACAAAUGUCUGACAAAUAUCGGAGACCUAUUUCGCUAUCUAAUUGAUUUCGGUGAUUCUAACGCUAAGCGACUUGCUUAUCGAUAUUACAAAGCGGCUUUUUAUUUUGAUCCUCUUAUGGGACUGCCUCACAAUCAAUUGGGCAUUUUAGAUGUUGGACGUUGCUACGGCCUAAAUGCCGUUUUCCAUUAUUUACGUUGCUUAACAUCCCGUUCGCCUUUUGAGGGUGCUAAAGGAAAUCUCAUCACUGUAUUGGCUAAAAAUGAGCUUCGUUAUGGUAUAAUUAUUCGCGAAAAGCCGUCUAAAAGUUCACGCAUCCGAUAUGCUUCUUAUUUCAGACCAAAAGAUUUCCGGAAGACUAUCAUGAAAUUCAUCUACCUAAUUCAGCAGUUCCUGAAACCUGUAGAGUCUAGGGAUCCCGCAACAGAAAAUAUUUUUCAUGAUGUACUUGCGGAACUACAUUCUUCGUUACUACUUACUGAUCAUUUAACUGUACGGUCUGAAAGUAUUACUUAUUCAGAACAUACCAAUACCAAGUAUUUAAAAAUGGGCGAAGUUAAAGAAAAACCAGAUCGUGUAGAUGAAACAUCUGAUCAGUUGACAGGACCUAUUUUUAUUAGAAUGCUACUUAUUUCUAUACUUACUUAUGAGUAUAUACACCAGCUUAACUUAGAAGAUCGCAAUAAAUCAAGUGGGAAAAAAUUAGACGAAAAUUCAAAUAUAGAAAGCAAUUCUCCUCAACAAUCUAAAAUCACUUCAGCCUCUACCAGUUUGAUGACUGGUGAAGAAGAAAAAGCCAUUCAGAUCGAUUCUUCCGAUAAUUGUUCAUCUGCAGUAACUAAUAAGUGUGAAUCAUCUUCACUUGCGGCUAUCCCUGAUCUUUAUGAACCUUUAUCAUUCGCUUUGAGCAUUGGAGAACUUUAUUUAACUCAUGUAUGUAGACAAAUCUACUAUCGUCUAGGUCAGUUCAUGGAAGAUCCUAAGAGAAAACCAAACAAUUCAGGCAUCUCUACAAAUUCUUAUAAUUUAUGUAUUGAUUGUCCAGUAUGUUCUGAUCCAUCUAAUCCUUCAGAAAAUCUGAACUGCAAGCAUAUUUUAAAUGACCAGCCAUUACCCAGUAAUGUCUCGUCAACCGAACACCCUGAAGCUAUGUCAGAACUUGUUAAUCCUGACGAUGAAUUAGACGAUUCUGGUGACGUUAAAUGUACAAGGACUAGCUCACAUGAAAGUAUACACAGUAAUACAGAUAACGAUGAAGAUGAUGAAGAUCAUGCAAGAUUACGAUUUCGUCGAUACUCUUCAGACGAAGAUUCAGAACAUGAGUUUGUAGAACGGGGAACUGACGAAAAUGAUAACGAUUCAGAUACAGAUUUUUGGGGUUCUGAUGAUUCUAGUCUAUUGCAUUCACAAGAUGAGAUUAAUUCUACCGAUACAUCCUCAGAUGAUGAUCUUGAUGUUUUAUCUGAUGAUCGGUUGAGGCGUGCUUCCAAACUGAAUCAUAUGGGAUCCCAACGAGAUGUAAAACAAUUAAAACAUAAUGAUUCGUCAAAAUAUCUUUCAGAAUCCCGUUCAGUAAGUAAGGAUGUAAGAAGUACAUUGACUUGUAUUUCAGAGGAGGAAGCGAUACAAGAAGGCAAGACGGAGAAAGUAGAAGUUCCUUCACUGGUUUCUCAUCCAUCUUCAGACAAUGCUAAAGAAUCAGUGCAUCAUGAUUCUACUACUGAUUAUGUGGAGAAAAAUAUGCGUUACUCUUCAAAAUGUCAUUCAGAUUCUAUUAAAGAGAAUUUAUCAGAUUAUCCUUCUGUUCAAUUUGAUAAAGAUUCUUACGACCCAAAUACAGAUAUACCAACACGUAUUAGUCUAUUUAGUCGACUUUAUUUAUUUCCUGCUGUCAAAUUGUUUUUGGAUUGGCUUUCAAGUUCACAGUUUCAACAUUUAAAUUUAUCUUUUCAAAAUGUUAAUUCCACAUUAACAGAUAAUAUAACUAAUAAAUCGCAGAAACCUAGUAGAGCUAGUAUUAUUUGGCAGGCGUCUGUAGAAAGAUUCGUAUCACAACUAAUCCCAUUAUUAAAUAGUAUUUAUCCAAUAUUCGAUCAAAUGUCUCAUGAAAUAUUGUGCAAAAAUGUAACCAAUACAUCAGAAUCAUGUGAAAUUAGUCAUUGUGAUCAAAAAGAACAGUUACAUGUGUAUUCGUGUACUCACUUGGUUGAAUCGAAUACCGAUGACAAAACCAAGUUCAACAUCGUUCAUCAUUUAUCACCUGCUGCAUACCGGACAAUGAAAAAAUUGUUUUCUCAACAAAUUUUCAAUCCAAAUAAGUUUCCCGUUGAAGAACAAAAUGAAUCAGAGAAAAAUUUUGUAAAAGAAACUGUAAUUCCUAAUGAUGAAAAAUCCAAAAUUUAUCCUCUUCCUGAAGAUUGGUUACUACUUGGCUUACCAUCAAUGAAUUGUAUUCAUAAAAAAAUUGAUUUUCAUAAUGGAUGCAUAUCACCGUCGUUAAAUGAAGUAGAUGAGAUCGUAUUUCGGUGCGCCUCCCUUACGUUUCAUGGGUGCAGUUUAGCAUCACACAGUGGUCAGUUGGGUUUAUUUGUUACAUAUAAUUCUACUGGAAAUGGUGGUCGACCUUUUAAAUGUGACAUACCACUGUCUAAUGUUGCUAGUCUAUCCUCUUCCAAUCAUUCUAAUUGGCCCUAUUUGAGUCGACGAAGACGUCGUGGUCGUCGAUAUCAGAAGUUCUAUCCUGGCUAUGGAAGAUGUGAUCGUUACAGUUCUUCUUGUCCCAAUACUGGUUAUCAGUAUAACAGAACUGAUCAUCGUAAUACAUGUGUACCUCAUAGAGGUCACUCCUAUAGGGAACAUGCUAGAUAUUCAGGCUCGGCUAAAGGUCACAAGUCAUACUAUGAUUCCAGACAUCGUAACAAACACUCACAACAAGCAGAUAAUCAUCAUAACGAUUGGGAUACAAUAGAGUCUGUUCAACAUUCAGAAGUUUCACCAUCUGAUGUUCUUCAAUCUGUCUCUAAAAGUGGUGCACAAAAAUCUGAUUCAUCUUCACUGGUUAAAUGUGAUAAUGAAUUAUUUGACAAACCUCAAAAUAGUUCAACAGAAAUUGAUCAGUCACGCCGAGAUCAAGCUAUGCGAGAUAUGGCUCGUCUUCGGCUACUCAAUGAAGUCGAUCAGUUAGAACGUCAGUUUCGUAAUCAAUCACCUCUUUCAUACAAUAAAAGAAGCACUAACACUGCAUCUUCCAUGCAGAAUUCAGAUUCAAAUAUUCAGGAUAAAAACUUGGAAUUUGAUAUUAAAAAAACCUUUUUGUCACCUUUUCUUGUCAUAGAUGCUUACUGCUUAACCAGCCAUUUAUCCAUGGUCAAACAAUUAGUCAGUUCUAAUCGUUUCGUUUUGAUCAUACCACAAGCAGUUAUUUCCCAUUUGGAUUACUUGAAGAAAACAAUGGCAUCCGCUAGAGUAGCGAUACGAUACCUGGAACAUGAAGCUCACGGUGGCAACCGUUAUCUGCGAUUACAAAGACCAGAUGAGCAACCAAAUCAACUUAUUGAACUUCAUCGUCAAGAUGCUGUACAUAACGAUGCUCAAGAUUUGAUAAACGACACGGAAGAAGACGAACCUAAAGCACCCACCAACCAAAGCUUAAAUCUUCGCGUUGUAAGAAGAUGGAUUAACAUCCUGAACUGUGCGUCUUAUUUUGCACAGACGCUCAAAGAUUCCAACAAUUCAUCUGAUCCAACAUCUGUAAACAAAAACUCCUUACUUAAAGAAGCUACUAAUUCAAAUGAACAGGAAACCAAUGACUUUCUAUAUUUGCUUAAUAUUUCACCUCCAUAUGUAGAUCUACUAAAUAAAGAUUGCAGUACAAAUGAAUUGAAUGUGUUGUCACUUACUAAAACAGCACCUGUGACUAUUCUGAUUGGAUUUAGAAAUACAUCUGUUGAAGAUACAAUAGUUCCUCAAGACUUUUUAAAGCUUGCAUUAAAUCAUGGUGUACGGUUAGAAUUAAUUCGCUCCUUUAUUCAUCGUUGGAAAGCGAUCAAAACAUGA